AUGAGUGUAGCAUUGGGAGUCAUAGCGGUGACGAGUGGUAACACAGGUCCAGGUCCAGUCAUGAUGUAUGAGGAUGAAGUUCCCUCUGCGUUAAUCGUAGCGUGUGCAGACUCUGUGAUGAUACAGGAAACGUUCGAAGGGCAGCGGGUUCCCUCGAGCAACAUUUUGAGCACUCUGGGUGUUAAAGGAGUGGAAGAUAAAAGGAAUGAUUACUGA